CCGCAUCUCCCAUCGACUGAGCAGUGUCUGCAGCACAAGUCACAAUGUCUUAUCCAAUCGGCGCUCAGCCCCAGGGUGUGCAAGGUUACGUCACCAGUAACAGCAGCCAGUGGAAUUCUGAUGUCUUUGACUGCUGCGAAGACAUGGGCAUCUGUCUAUGUGGAACGUUCGUUCCCUGCAUUUUGGCUUGUAAAGUGUCUCAGGAUUUCGGGGAGUGCUGCUGCCUGCCAUGUCUGUUCGGCUCUGUCCUUGCCGUGAGAACAGGAAUUAGAGAGCGCUACCACAUUGAGGGUUCUAUCUGUAAUGACUGGGUGUGCCUCUCAUUCUGUGGCCAAUGCACUCUCUGCCAAAUGGCUCGGGAACUAAAGGCCAGAAACUGAGAAGACUAGAAGGCUGGAGAAGGGGGUAUGGACAGGACAAUGUGGACUUUUGUCUGAAGGACCCAACAACCUAUUGGUUUAUAGAAUGGUUUAUAGAAUGAAACAGCUACUGGACCCUAACUUACAUGCAUCAGUGCACAUAUUAUUCCCAUUAUGUAUAUACACGUGUAUCUACUGGAACUGGAUAUCAAGAGAAGUAACAGAUGAGUGAAUGGCAAUAUUUAAAAGGUGUCAAAAGGGUAUUAACUGAGAGGUACAUGAGAAUCUCUUUCUUCUCUCUGGCUAUUAGAUGCCACCCUUGUUUGUUUGUUUUGUUACGUUGUUAUUAUAUAUUACACAAGGCUGUGGCUUAUACCUUUUCUAAUGUCCAAAAUCUUUGUACCUCAUCUGAUAUUGGCUGAUAUGAUGGGAGUUGUACUGGAACAGAGCUGGUAGAGCCUCCCUAGAGAGGACCUGAACUUUCCAACAUAACCAUAGCCCAUGAACAGCGUGACAGCAGUAGACAAUAUUAUAUUGGUAUUAUAUUUCUACAUUAAUUCAUUAUCAGUACAUCCCAUGUUUUCAGACCAACAGGCAAGGGCAAUCAUUUUUGGUGACCUUUGAAUGUGACAGAGACAGAAAAUGUGGCCUUGUGAUCUUCUUCUCCUCCACUUCCAGACCAUUCAUUGUAAUUGUGAUUAUAUGAAAGAAAACAGCGGCCAUAGCUCAGAAUUAAUAUCAGCAAGCCUAAUUUGGUGCAGCACCCUCACUAUAACUAAACCCCUGGGAAUUUAGUUGUAAUAUACGCUAAAUAUGUAACAGUGGUUGGGGGGUCAGUUUUUGAGAACAUCGGGGAUAUAAACAGGAGAGAUCUCAAGCCAAUGGCUGAGUGACAUUCAUAGUAGAUGCAGUUAAGCAGUGGGUGGGGGGCACAACCCACACUUACUGUAGCUGCAACUACAGGAUCUCAGCACUCUGUGUACCUGAGCCACAUUCUGCAACAUUACCAUGAUUUUGCUUGUUUAAGAAUUAAAAUAUUAAUAAAUAUUUUUUUACUGAAUAAA